GCCAGCAAGCACUCUUAAACAUGGGUAUCAUUGUAACUCUGACAUUUGCCAUCUGAGAUGUAGCCUGUAUAGUCAAGCAACAGGCAGUUCGAUAUCCCAAUGUGCACCCAAGCAAUUUCCUUUCCCAUUCCGGGAACUGAGCUGCUCAUGUUCCAGCCUGAGCCGUGGCUGUGCUGGGGUGAGCGAUCCUGAGCUGAGACUGAGCAGCUCGUUAGAACCCAGUUUUAGGCCCUGUAUUCGAUAGGGGGUGCUAAGACUGGGGUCCUCACCCUGCCUCGGAAGGCGCUAGGUCCCAGUUUCAGAGCCCCAAUUCUCGAUAGAAAACAGCCCAAGCCCUCCGUUCCCCCCCUCAAGUACUCUACCUGCAUGUAAGUCGCCUCAUCAAAGUGCGAAGGGAACUUCCCCUACAAGAAUCCAUCAUCCCAGGAAUCAGACUAUCUUGUGGCUCAUCAGUGCAACGGCCCCGGGAAUAUUAGUUCCCACGGUCAGGCUGGAAUGCCUCCUACACGCGUCUAUGCAGCCUGCUACAAACCGCUCUCGCUCCAAUUCGCCCGCGUGCUCGAAUUGCAUGCCGGCGAGUUAUCGGACCCUUUGGUCGGGACGCUCGUCGCGCAGCCCAUCGACGGCGAACCCUACGAAGCCAUCUCGUAUGUAUGGGGCGGCCUCCCGACAGAAACCAUGGUGGUCGACGGCGCGAACGUGGCCAUCACAGCCAAUCUGAAAACGGCGCUCAAGGCCCUCCGGCCGCGCCCCCGGUCGUCGACCGAAGGCCAUGUACCCGGGGCUGGCCGCCGCCGCCGCCUGUGGGUCGAUAGCGUUUGUAUCAACCAGGACGACAUGUCGGAGCGCAUAUCGCAGGUAGGAUUGAUGGGCCGCAUCUUUGCUGGUGCGUCGCGCGUGCUGGCUUGGCUGGGCCACGACGAGGAGGGGCUCACGAGCUUCGCAAUGGCAGUCAUCCGCGACAUCCUCGAGGACCCCGAAGUGGCACUGCACGAAGCGCGCAUCCUGCUGCACCUGGACGAUCUCACGGACAACGACCGGCUGGACGAGGAGGAUCGCAAGCGCUCUAGGACGGAGGCGCAGAGGUGGGCGGCCAUCAAGGCCUUUUUCGACAUUGAGUACUUCCACCGCACCUGGAUUGUGCAGGAACUGGGUCUCGCGCGCGUGGCGGACAUAUUCUGUUCAAACAAAAGGCACGCCGCUGCCGCGUUGAAGGACACGCACGAGUUGGAGCUGCAUUCCAUCAACUGGUACCGCGUGCGCGAGUUUGUCAGCUAUGUGGCCUAUAACGGCGCCUCGUUAGAGACGCACCUGGACCUUAAGUGCUGGGUUGCCGCGCACAUCCGUUACGUCUGGGAGGUCGACGAGGAUGGGACGCCGCAGUGCGACUUCCUUACUGCACUGCACUGGGUGCGCAUCAUGCGCGUAACGGACCCGCGUGACCGCGUCUUCGCGCUCCUGGGCCACCCGCUGGCCGUCAUGAACGGCGAGAUGGUUGCCAAGCCGGACUACAACGUCAACCGUGGAGUCGUUUACACCAAGCUCGCCGCGACCUUUAUCCGAGAGACCAAAAACCUCCACGUAUUAACCCUGGUCGACCAUGAAAGUGACCAGAGCAUGCGUCAUGUCCAAUGGGACACGAGUGAUGACGCCAGGAUGCCCAGUUGGGUCCCCGACUGGCAUUCCAUAAAUAGGACGGCACCCUUGCCGUAUCCCAUAGCCCCGGCGGCGAAGGAAGAUGCUGAAAUCCGCAUCGUAGGCUCGCUAGACAGCGUAACAGGCCAGCCGAUGCCGCGUUUACUCGUCCGCGGAUGGGUAGUGGACCAAGUCGUGGCCGUGUCGCACAUGAUGGAGACGACUGACUUCCCUGUCACGAAUCUACUCAGGGAGCGCACUAAGAAGAACCCCUUUUUUCUUGACCGGCUCUGGGAAAUGGUGUACCCAGCGCAGGGCUCCAACCAUAAAGAUCCAAUCAAGGUGCUGGAUAAUCUCUCCCUCGCCUUGGCCGACGGGUUGCGAGACCAUGCAGGUGGCCUCAAUCUUGCCGAAGGCGGCGACCACAGUUCCAAAGACGCGACACAGCCCGGCGAGGCGCAGGACAUGCAUCGGCAGUCCUUUGCCGCUUACCUGCUGGAGUACCAUCGGCUGCGUGAGACCGGAAGGGCUACCACUGCCACGCUUUCGCCGUCCGAAGCCGGCUCUGAACUCAUCACUGCUGCUUCUGUUAGCGACGACGACAACAACCUCCCACAGAGGUCGCUAUAUGCCAGCCUUCCCGAAUCUGCGCAAGUCGAGAUCCAGCGCCGCGCAACCGGUGCCACCAGCCUAAUAUUCGUGCAAGACAUAACGUGGGUAUCCAUGUGCCGUGUCAUCUUCCGCACCACCACAGGCCUGAUCGGUAUGGGCCCCCGCGUGAUGAAGCCGGGGGAUGUGGUGUGCCGCGUGCGUGGAUGCCCCGUGCUCAUGGUGUUGCGCGAGGCACCCCACGAAGCGGAGAGCGAUGCGCCUCGCGUGUUGCGGUGUAUGCAUGUUGGGCCAUCUAUUGUUCCAGAACGGAUGGUGCUGGGGGUGUUGGAUGGGGGCGAAUUUGAUGAGAUGGAGAGGGAGUUGAUUAUAUGCUGAUUGGAAAGGCAAACUGGGUGUUAAACUGAAUAUAUCACAGUAUUUACAAUUUCACCUCGGCCUCCUUUGGCCAAGUCUGUUAGUAGUGCUGUGCAGUAAUUACUUUAAGUUAUUAUAGCUAUAUACUUAGGGCG